AUGCCUUCUCACCGGUCGACUGAAGACGCCACAGACUACUCUGUCCCUGCAGAGACAAGAAAGGUCCUCUAUGAAGAGAUUCUUCAAAACAACCUGCACAAAGACCUGCCCCAUGGAUUACUUGACGCUGCUGCUCGCAUCAAGUUUAUCGGGUCUGAUGCUCCCAGCAUCCCUAUCAAUUGGAGAUUGGCGGAAAGCAUCGCGUCCUUGAAAGGCUUUGAAGGCGCCAUGCUUAGUGUUCUCCUCAAGCGGAAAUAUGGCGUGGACUAUCCCGAUAUCGUGAUAGAUACUGACCAGGCACAGUUAUUCUUCAUGUCAGCAUUUAUUACGAUCAUCGACCCUGAUGGAAAAGCUAUUGAAACUUCUUUCAAGCUUACUACCGAUGCUGAGAAAGCUAAAGAGUUUGAUAAGCUCUUUCCCUCGUGGGAUGUUAACAAGACUCAUCGUGAUAUCUAUCGAUCUUGCGUCACAAAUAUCUAUGAAACUAAAGACAAGCGCUGGUUUCACCUACAUGCCAGCCUUAAUGCCAACCCCACCCUCGACAGUAUUGGUUUCCCUCGUUGGAGACCGGACCUCCAGGGCAGACCCCGAGAAGACAUUCUUGCGCUUUACAUGGAUCGCUUGAAGGAGAUUGAAUCCCAAGAUAUGGAGCAUCGUGCAUCCGAGAUAUACGGUCAGGCAGGUACUAUCUGUUGGUCAACGGAAGAGUAUCUGGCCAGUGAGCAUGGAAGAGCCAACAGUAAGGUCGGUCUCUAUGAGAUUCACCAGCACAUAAAUCCCACUCAAGUGCCAUGCUGGUGGCCAUCUUCACCCGAAACCAGUGCCAAGAGGCCUCUAGCUGGCCUAAAGGUAGUUGAUCUGACAAGAGUGAUUGCUGGCCCUUCCAUUACUCGUUCCUUAGCGGAGAUGGGUGCAAGCGUCAUGAGAGUUGUCGCCCCACACGUCGCAGACUUGUCUAUUGUGCACCCAGACCUCAACUGGGGUAAAUGGAAUUGCUUCCUUGACCUUCGGAAGGAAGGAGACAGAGAGAAACUACGAGCAUUAAUCUCCGAUGCUGAUGUUGUAGUUUCAGGAUAUCGCCCAGGAGUCCUUGACAAAUGGGGAUUCUCCCACGACGACAUCCUGAGCAUCACCAAAGAGCGCAAGCGCGGCCUCAUCUAUGCGCGUGAAAAUUGCUACGGAUGGUACGGCCCAUGGUCUCAUCGAAUUGGUUGGCAGCAAAUCAGCGAUGCCAAUUGCGGUGUCUCUUUGGAGUUUGGUCGAGCGAUGGGACUCGACGAAGCCGUUACUCCAGUUUUCCCGAACUCUGACUACUGUACUGGAGUCUGUGGCUCAGUCGGUAUCCUGGACGCCUUGAUGAGGAGAGCUGAACAAGGUGGUUCCUAUACCGUCGAACUUGCGUUGAACUACUACUCUCAAUGGCUAGUCAAGUCUGUCGGCGUCUACCCCAAAAGUGUGUGGGAGAAUGUUUGGUCCCUUAAUGGUCGCAAGGUUUUCCGUCAUUUCCAAACCAUGAGCAGCUUGAUUCCAGCUUAUGUCGACAUGCUCAAGACAAACAGUGCGGAUCGCGUGUUCCGUGCAAACAACUUCCAUUCUCUUCAUAGCAAACAUUUGGGGGUGGAUAUUACGAGUCCCAAGCCCGUGCUUCAGUUCCCGGCAAACGAGGUAGACCUGAGAUACAAUGUUGGUACUCGAACCAAUGGAGUGGAUCAGCCCAAAUGGCCUGAGGAUCUCAGUGUCGAGACGGUAGCUUAG